AUGAAUUCAUUAAGUUUCAAAUCGCAUUCUCAGACAAAAUUUUCAAAGAGAACCGUGGACAAAAAUAUUAUUUCACCCGAGUCAGUUUUACAUUGGUUAAAAAAUGAUCUUGGAUAUCGCCAUAAGUGUGGUUCUUUAGUUGACGAAGUAAAUGAAAGUGACUUGACAAAAGAAGAAAUUCAAAAACUUUGUCGUAAUAAUGAAUUUGCGUCUAUUUUCAAAUUUCUUAUGGAACACAUAAAAUCUUCAAAAGAAGUUCUUCAGUAUAAGAAAUCAAAAGUCGCACGUAACAUUCAACAUAAAUUGAAAUUAGAAAAAAAGUUAGCUCAAACAUUAGCAAUUGUUGAAGAAGGUGAAAUGCAAACGAAACAAAUGAUUUCACAAAUUUCUGAGAUUGUUAAAGAAGAAAUACGUGAGAAAGAAAAUAAAAUAUACAUGAAGGAAAUGUUUCGUGAAAAUUGUAGAUCAUUUGGUAAUCAAGAAAUUGAAUAUGGGAAACUUUUUGAAGAAUAUAAAAUCGUGAGGAAAAGGACUGAGAAUGGAGGGACAGGGAUGAGAAAUGAAACAGAUUUUGCAUUGAAAGGCAUUGAAACCACUUUGACAAAUUUUCGUGUAAAUCAUGCGUCCAGAUUUAUAAAGAUUGAAUCAAUAUUAAACAAUAUCAUGGGAAUCAAGGAACAAAUACACAAAACCACCGAAUCAACUAGAUUAUUUUUAAAACGACAUGCUCCUGAUAUGAUGGAUCAAGUAAUAUUAGUAUUAGAAAAAAAAGCAGAAUCGGAAGCUAUUCAAGCGGCACUUAAUAUCAUGUUACAUCAUACCCAAAGAUUGGAAUCUCGAUAUCAAGAAUUGAGUAAUAUUUCAAGGGAUCAGUUAAUGAUAUUACGCGAUCAAGAACAAAAACAAAAUAUAAUUCAACGACAAAUUUUCAUUAAUCAACAUACAAAGACAAAAUUCAUAGAACAGUCAAAUGAGAUAACAAAAUUCAUGCGAGAAGAUCUUUAUCCUUUCUGUAAACAUCUUGAUACUUUGACAAAAGAUCUUGAUUGUACGAUGUUAAAAGAGAAUGAACAGUUUAAUAAUAUAGAUUUGAAAUUGGCUUUACAGGUCAAAAUUGACAGUAAUCUAAGGAUUGUUAAUUCUCUCGAUAUUUAUCGUGUGCGCGAUGAAAAGCUUUUUAAAGAAUUUAAGAAUAUCAUACAAUGCCCAAAGUAUUUAGAUGUUGACGUUUUCUUUAAAACCGUAGCCGAUUUAAAAUUCGAAGCAAAUAAUUUGUUAAAGGUGAUACAAAUAAAUGGAAUGAACCGUGAUGAUAAAACUGUAUCGAUAUAUAAAAAAACGACGAGUGAUAUACAAAAUUCAGUAGAAAAGUUCAAAGAUAUGAUGGAAUCCCUGGAAGAGACUUUUAUGAAUAAACAAAUUCCUCGAAUAGAAAAUAAACUUAGGAAAUCUGAAAUCGCCGAGACAAUAUUCCAAGAGAUUGUACAAAUUCUUGAAGAUAGGUAA